ACAGACACCACAAGCUCAAAUCUCAACUAAUACAGCGCUUAUCUACUGAAGUCUUGGGCAUGUCUUGCUGCCUUACUCUUUCUCCAUCAUGACCACGGCACGGCCAUCUUACGCGCCAUAUCCACGAACGCUCUUUGACAUACGCCGGUCUGAGUAUGCACAUCUCGAAGAAGCUGUCUACCUAGACAAUGCAGGCGCUCCGCCUUACGCUGUCUCGGUCAUCACCCGCCAGGCGAAGGAUUUGACUUCGACGCUAUACGGCAACCCACAUAGCGCCUCUCCAGCGUCCCAACGCACCGCAGACAAAGUUGCUCAGAUUCGCGAGCGUGUCUUGCGUAUUCUCAAUGUGAAGGGUUAUGAUUUAGUCUUCACGUCGGGUACAACCGCGGGCAUCAAGCUUGUGGGAGAGUUGAUGCGCUCAGCUGGAUCCUGGCAUAUGCGUAUUUAUCCACAAAGCCAUACGUCGCUCGUUGGGUUGAGAGAUACGGCUGAUUCAUGGAGCCUUGAAGAUCCACCCUACAAGCAAUCGUCAACAUUUCAACACUCGGAAAAACACAUUCUCUUUGCCUACACUGCUCGGUGCAAUUUUUCAGGGCAAACUUCACUAUUCGCUGGGGGACGCUUGCCGGCCGCCACAUUUGAGCUGUGCGACGCCGCGACCUAUGCGCCGACUCACCCCUUGAAUAUGGAUUCAUGCGCAUCCACCGAUUUUGUCGUGCUGUCGUUUGGAAAGAUCUUUGGCUAUCCAACUGGCCUGGGAGCUUUGCUCAUCAAGCGCGACCCAAGAUUGAGCAAACUAGUGCAGGGUCGCAAAUACUUUGGCGGAGGAACGGUCGAUGCCGUCUCCAGAACUGACGCUUUUCGCGCAAUCAAGACUCAUGUGUCUUUUGCCUUGGAAGAUGGAACUCUGCCUUUCCACAGUAUUCUCGCGCUGGAUCAUGCGUUGGACGUCCAUACAGAAUGCUAUGGCCAAGACUUCCUCAACAAUAUCAAGAAACAUGUCACCUGGCUCGGGAAGCGCGCACACGAUGCAAUCCAAAACCUGACUCAUGCCAACGGCAAGCCCCUUGCGCAGCUCCUAAGCUUGAGAGGGUCUCCAAUUUUGACUAUGCUUCUCUUCCGCAGCAAUGGCGAGCCAAUUGGAUACAAUCAGGUCGGUGAGCUGGCAGGUCUUCUUGGAAUCCACAUCCGCACCGGGACUCUCUGCAAUCCUAGUAUGCUAGCUGUCCUUGGCAUUUCGAGUACACAAAUACAGGCCAACUAUGCCGCCGGUCAUGUCUGCUCUGGUGUUAGGGAUGUCAUUGACGGUAAACACACUGGCGCUGUGCGCAUCAGUCUGGGCGCCAUGACGGACACCGACGACAUCAUUGCCUUCGUUCACCUUCUGACGGACUACUUUGUGGAAUCGGAUGAUGCUAAGGCUGUCACUGCGACACCCGCACCCAUAACGUUGACACAGCUCAAUGUCUACCCCAUCAAGUCUUGUCGAGCUUACAAUGUACCCAAAGGCAUGGCUUGGCGUGUCCUACCCUCUGGCUUGGAGUACGAUCGGCAAUGGGCAAUUGUCAAUCUUGACACACGGCAAGUGCUUUCUCAAAAAAAGUUCACCAAGAUGGCUCUCAUCCGGACAGAGAUCUGCGACACGGAGCUGAUUAUACGCUUCAACAAGGAAAUACUGCAUGUCCCACUUGAAAUCAAUCCAGAGUCGCUCAAGGCAAUUUCUUGCAAAGUUUGUGGCGACGAGGCUCAAAUCUUGGUAUAUUGCGACCUACGGCUGGAACAUGCUCUGUCGGCAUAUCUUGGUGUACGCUGCACUCUGUCUGUAGCAGACCCUUCAGCCUCGCGAUCUGCCAAGCUCGGCUUGUCUAGCAGCUGGUCCCAACUUAGUGCCGGUGAGCGGCAAAACAGACGCGUUCAGCUGUUGCUUAGCAACGAAUCUCCGUUCUUGUGCAUCUCUGAAAGCAGCGUUCGAGCCAUCAGGAGGGCUGCAAGUAUCUCCGGCGAGGCUGUUGAUGCGGCCAACUUCCGCGCCAAUUUUGUCAUUCAGGGUCUGCCUGCCUUUCAGGAAGAUGCGCUUCAGUCACUGCAAGUUGGAGAAAGCAAGUUUGCUGUCCUGGGCAAGUGUCGACGGUGCUUGAUGAUUUGCAUCAAUCAAGAGACGGGCGUCCAGACAACAGAACCGUAUGCGACACUCACCAAGAUGCGCAAAUCAAGUGGAAGGCUAUGGUUCGGCAUUCACUUGGAUUUGGAGGAGGGGACGACAGUACAGGUGGGAGAUCAUCUCGCGUAUUCAUAGCUUAUACAGGAGUAGCAUAUCGUAUUGCUUCGGCAUCUUUCAACGGUCCUCUGC